CCAUGCUGUCUUUCAAGGAAUGCGACUAAACAAGUAAACCGGUUGACACUUCAUUAAAUGAUCUUCACAUGCACAGAACAGACAAAGAAAGAAAACUUCACCAGCAAAAUUUGCUUUGAUCCUGUGUUUGCUCUAAGGAAAUCCUGUAGAUGGUUCUCUUUAUGUUUCUCAAUAUGCAUAAUGCGCUACUGUUUGUCUUCCUCUCUCUCUUUCUCUCUGUCUCUGUCUGACAGUAUGCCACACCUCUCUGACACCACAGUGAGCCCCUCCCUUCUCUCUUUCCAUCUUGUUCCAACCUUUGUGCAUGCUUAGUCCUUUAUUUAGUGCCCUACAACCACAAGCCUUAAACCAAAUUACUCUUCUUCCCUUCUUUCCAACUCAAUCUUGUUCUACUGCCUCUGUUUCUUCUUCGUCUUCUCAUGGAUAGCACAUGUUUCCUAAUUCCAAUCAUCUUGAAGACUCUACUGUGCACUCUACCUGUUUUCUGUGGUUUUGCUUUGGCAAUGAAGGGCAGCAUGCAUGCAUGCAUUUGAAUGAUAGGAGCUGGUCCUCUCUAGGCACUGUGGAGAUUUCUUGUUGUUUUCUGAUGCGUGUAGAAAUCUAGUCUCCAAGUCUCCAGCCAAGCUGUUCUUGCAAUCCGAAACUUGUUUCUUCAGUUUAUCUGUCUUGCAAUUUCUGAAACACUAGUUGUUAUAUAUUCUCUCACCUUUCAUUUUUUUUUCUCUAUUUUUCCUUUUUUUUUAGGAAAGAGAGAGAGAGAGGGAGUGAAUUAUCAGGAUAAGGUUCUCGACAACCUCAUAACUUGAGAGAUGCAGUUUAAUUAAUCGAAAGGCCCAAAGCUGUUGAGAGAGAGAGCACAAGAAUGGAUGUCUCUGGCCACGAAGGAGAUCUGAUGCCAAUCCCGAUGGCCAGUGUCUAUGUUGGCGGCCAUGACAGCCCUCCUCCACUCCGUAGUCACCACCACCGCAGCUCAUGCAUCACUAAGAAUGCGGCGGGCAUCAAGUACAGGGAGUGCCUCAAGAACCACGCGGCGGCCAUCGGAGGCAUUGCCACCGACGGCUGCGGCGAGUUCAUGCCUAGCGGCAGGGAGGGCACCCUCGAAGCCCUGAAGUGCUCUGCCUGCGGCUGCCACCGGAACUUCCACAGGAAGGAGACAGAAGGCGAGGAGGAGCUGGAGCGGGAGCCUUCUCCGUUGGAGUACCUGCCGCCUCAUAGCCUAAGAGGAAGAAAGGGGGCUCUCCUCUUUCCGAGGGUCACGACCGUCCCCCACCGCGCCAUGCUCAUGCCUCUCCAGCAUGCCUCGGAGUCGGGCGAGAUGAUGGCACUAAUGGGGCCGCCGCCGCCGCCGCAUCUGGCGGCGAAGAGAAGGUUCCGGACCAAGUUCACUGCCGAGCAGAAGGAGAAGAUGAUGGGGUUCGCGCAGAAGGUGGGGUGGAGGCUGCAGAGGGAGGAGGAGGGACUGGUGCAGCAGUUCUGCCAGGAGAUUGGGGUGAAGAGGAGGGCGUUCAAGGUGUGGAUGCACAACAACAAGCACAAUUACUCGGCCAAGAACAAUUCUGAUGACCGCUGAUCGAUGAUGAUCGAUCACUGCCCUGUAAUUUUGGUGGAUGCGUGUUGAGAGCUACCUUUAGCUUCCUUCCUUGCUGUUUCUACUCUUCAUGACUGCAAAGCUCUCGCCCACUUCCGGUUGACUAAUAUGUUUUGACCUCGAAACAUCAUCUGAAAAUAUUCACUUCGUCGAUCCA